AUUAGUUUUUUGGUUUUUUGUUUUGUUUUGUUUUGCUUGGUUUGUGGUACUGGGGAUGGAAUCAAGGGCCUUGUGCAUGCAAGGCAAGCUAUAUCCCCAGCCCUAGACUCCAAGGGCACAGGACAGAGGACGGGAAGAAAGUGAUUUUUCAGAGAAGACUGGACAAACUCUGCCAGCCAGGCGGUCAAGGUCACCCUCAGCCAUCGUGUUCUGGUGCUAGAGUGUCACUAGAGUGACGCUUGGCCGCCUCUGGGAUUCCCCAAACACAAACUCCAGUCGAACCAACAUAAAGCUGAUCAAGGAAAGCCCAGUUGGGAGACAUAACAAAAUAGCUGACCUGCCCUCAAAACUGUCACCCAGGGAUGGAGCUGUCACUCAGUGGUAGAGCCCUUGCCUUGCAUGUGUGUGAGGCACUGGGUUCGAUCCUCAGCACAACAUAAAAAUAAAGAGAUUGUAUUGUUGUGUCCACCUACAACUAAAAAAAAAAAAAUGUUAACACUGUCAAGAUAUUUAGAAGAAAUUCUUAAGAAUGUGGCAGAGCCAGUAAGGGCCUAAGUGUUGACUGGGCUAGUUCCCAGGAUGGAAUCUUGGGACAGGAAAAAAACAAAAGGUUGAGGGAAAAGCUCAGGAAGACCGGAUAAAGCAUAGAUUCAGUGAAUGACAUCAGUAUCAGUUUGUUAACUGUGACAAAUGUGCCACAACAGAAUGUUAAUGGGGAAACGGUGUGGGGAUGAUGGGGACUGUAUUUGCAGCUUUCUGUAAGUCUCAAAAAUUUUAUGUAGGUGCAUAAAAUAGCCAGACAUAGUGGCACAUGCCUGUGAUCUCUGACACGGGAGGGUUGGAAAUUUGAGGUCAAUCUGGGCAAAUUAGACUCUGUCUCAGAAAGUGGGGUGGGCUGGGGGUGUAGCUCAAUAGUAGAGUGCCCCCCUGUUCAAUCCCCAGCACUGAAAAGGGGAAAAAAAAAAAAGGCUGAAAAACAUAAAAUACAUCCUUCACCCAUGUUUCUCGUAGUACAUUCUUAAUUGACAAAAACUGCAUUGCGUAGCACUUUAUCACAUUUAUUUGGCCUUCUCUCUUCCUGCUGUUCAUAUUUAGGUAUCUGUAAUGAAACAAGGGCAUUUUCUCACACAGCCAGGGUCCAGUUAUCAAGGUCAAAAAGUUAAUGUUGCCACAAUGUUCUUGUCAACAGACCUUAAUCAAAUUUUACCAAUAGUCACGUGUAAUGUCCUCAUAGUUAUAAAAAGCCCUGGCUAAUGCAUCCACCAGGUUCCCACACUGCAUCGUCAGGUUGGAAGCUCACAGGGUAAGUAUACUGCAGACUGUUCUUAAUCAGAGCUUAUUGCCUGAUGUUUCCCCAGUGUUAAAUUCCAACUAUUCGGGACAGAAUUUCCAGAAGUGACAUGCCUUCCUGAGAGCACACUAUGAGGAGGCACAGGAUGACAGUUUGUCCCUUAACUGGGGAUGACUCUGAUCUCUUGGUUAGGGUAAUAUCUCUCGAGUCUCUUCACCAUCCGGGGGUCAUAAAGAGGCCAGGGUUUCUCAAGUGGAGGUGGGGGAAAAGAAGGAAAUGUGACACAUGUAACAAUGGGCAAACGAGUUUCACUGUGUGACUGGAAGCCACUGAUCCAAUAUCCAAUUCUCUCUCCUGUUCACUUUCCCCAGUGUUGUUGACUUGGUGCCUGAAACUAGCAAGCACCUGUUUCCUGCCUCAGGGCCUUUGCUCAUGCUGGUCCCACCUCUUGGAAUAUUCUGCCCUCUCUUUACAUUCUGGAUCUUUCUCCUCCUCCAGGUUUCAGCUCCAUUGUCCCACCUCAGAAAGGCAUGCUGGGCCACUAUCUAGCCUGUUCACUCAUUCAUUCAACAAAUGUUUAUUGGGCACUGACUAUGUGCCAGGCACUGUUUUAGGUACUGGGGAUAUAGCAAUAGGAGAAUGGUAGACAAGAAGCCCUGCCAUCAUGGGGCUCACAAACAUUGGUUGGUUAGAAAGCAAUAAGUGCUAAGGAGAGAAUAAGUGUAGAGAAUAUGGGAUGGGAAAUGCUUAGACUGGCACUUUUCAUGGAGAAGGUGACAUCUAAAUAAAUAUCUUAAAGGAAGUUUGGGAGGGAAACAGUCUUCGGGAAAAGCAUUUCUGGCAGAGGGAACACUCAGCGCAAAGGCCUCAGGUAUGUGGAAGAGGCAGAGGCCAGUGUGGGUGGCUGGGGGGACUGAGUGAGGGGGAUGAACAGAUGAGCUCAGAGGCUUAUGUGGGGGAUGGAAGCAGAAGACAUAGGUGAGCUGGGCCUUCAACUUGAGGGAGAAGGGAGCCCUGGUGAAGCUCUGAACAGACGGAGGGUGUGAUUUGCAUUAGGUGUGCACAGGAUCCCUCUGGCUGCAUGUUGGGCACAAAGUGUGGGGCAUGGACCCAGGGAGAGCAUCUGCAAGGCAGGACCCACAGGUGAUUCAAUCACUGAAGAGCCGGCGCACAGAGCGGUUCCUUGACACUCCCACGCCUUCAGCUUUUCUGGUAGCAGGCUCCCGUGCUGAUCCCUGCAGAGUCCUAGGAAAUCCUUAGGACAGCCCUGUUGGCUGCAAUCCCUGUGUGAUGGUUAAGGAAAACGAGGCGCAGGGCAGCGGCUUCUGGGCAGCAAGAUGAGCAUUUGUCACUAGCCCCUGAACUUAGGCCUCAGGAGGAGGCAGAGCCUGCCUGCCGACCCUUGUCUUUGCAUUUGCACCUGCCCAGGUGAAGGGAGCCCACUGCGCAUGCGCCCGGACCAAUUCAAAGCGCCCCGCUCGGGUCCAGCCCUCCAGCUGAAAGCGCCGGCUCGGCUUGGCGCGCUGCCUCGGCUGGAGGAUGCUGGGUCCUAAUGCCUCCCUCAAUUCAGAGCUUCCGAGCGCCCCAGUCCCCGACGGGGACACCAGUGUCUCCCCGGGACGUCCCGAGAGGCUGUCCGCGCCGCCGGGGCUGGAGGAGGCCUUGAGCUUGCUGGGGCUGGAGGGGGAACGCGAGUACGCUGGGGACAUCUUCGCUGAAGUCAUGGUGUGCCACGCGCUGCCCCGGAGCCCCCUGCCCCGCCCCGUGACUCCAGAGAUGCGUGCGCUGGUGGUAGACUGGCUGGUCCAGGUGCACGAGUACUUGUGCCUGGCAGGGGACACACUUUACCUGGCGGUGCACCUGCUCGAUUCCUACCUGCGGGCCGGCAGAGUGCGCCUACACCGCCUGCAGCUGCUGGGCAUGGCCUGCCUGUUCCUGGCGUGCAAGAUGGAAGAGUGCGUGCUUCCCGAGCCUGCUUCCCUCUGCCUUCUGAGUGCCGGUUCCUUCUCGAGGGCAGAGCUGCUGCGCGCAGAGCGCCGCAUCCUGAGCCGCUUGGAUUUCCGACUGCACUAUCCCGGGCCCUUGCUGUGCCUGGAGCUGCUCACCGCGCUGGCCGGGAGUGGCCCCCAGGUGAUGCUGCUGGCCACCUAUUUCCUGGAGCUGUCCUUACUGGAGGCUGAGGCUGCGGGAUGGGAGCCUGGUCGUCGCGCAGCUGCGGCGCUGAACCUGGCGCAUCGCCUGCUCGACGGAGCGGGCUCCAGGCCCAAGCCAAUGCUUUACAGCUCCGCGGAGCUGGACCCCCUCGAGCGGUGCAUGGUCCGCGCCUCUCUGCGGGGCCCGACACCUGGCCGCGCCGCGGUCUUCCUCAAGUACGCGCGGCCCCAGCGCCAGGGCACCAGCCUCGCCGCCGCCCUCCUGCUCCGGCGCCCCCAGCCUGGGCCUCCUUGAGCGCCACGACCCACCCAGAAAACAAACGCAAACUCUCACUGUGUGUUCGUCCCCACUUUAAUAAAAGUGUCUUUUAUUCUGAG